AUGUCGCCGGUCAGUGACCUUGUCGAUGUUCUCAUUAUUGGGGCCGGGCCCGCUGGCUUAACAGCGGCAAAUUGCUUCAAUGGUACCAACCUGAGAGUCCGAGUAAUUGAUAGGAAGGAUGGCCCGGAGAAGGCGGGUAGAGCCGACGGACUCAAAAGCAUAUCCCUCGAAAUAUUAGAUACAUUUGGUAUCGGUGACACGAUUCUCAAAGAUUCGCAGAGAUGCGAAGAGAUUGUUCUUUGGAAUCCUGACAAGAAUGGCGUCAUUAAAAGAACGAUGACAAUUGCGGACAAGGUCGAAGAACUGAUGAAACCACGAGAAGUCACGCUGGACCAGGGACGAAUUGAAGCCGUCAUGGGUGAAAAUCUCCAAAAACAUGGGAGUGUCAAGAUUUCCUGGAACACUCAGCCUGUUGACGUGAAACUUGACUCUAGGCUUAAAGAUGACCCGGAAUCAUACCCGAUCACAGUGACUUUGCAAAACAACGCAACAGACACUAUAGAGACGAUUUGUGCAAAGUAUGUGAUCGGAAGUGACGGUGCUCGGAGUUGGCUGCGCAAGCAUCUCAACAUCAAGUUCACGGGAGAUCUAACAGACUCAACAUGGGGUGUGUUAAACAUGAUACCAAAGACCAACUUCCCCGAUAUCCGCAAAGUCUUCGUCGUCCAUUCAACCCGCGGCACCGUCAUGGGCGUCCCAAGAGAAGACAAGCUCGUCCGAUUCUACAUCAGCAUGGACGGCGGCCACCGCAACACAUCACUUGAUGCAAAGAGCGUCACCGCAGAAAACAUCGUCACUGCCGCGCAAGCUAUUCUUCAUCCGUAUACUCUUGAGGCAGGCAACAUCCCCUGGUGGUCAGCCUACUGCGUCGGACAACGAGUCGCCGACGAAUUCUCUCACCAGAACAGAAUAUUCCUUGCUGGAGAUGCCGUUCACACUCACUCACCGAAAGCUGGUCAGGGUAUGAACACCAGUAUUCAGGACGGGUACAAUAUUGGCUGGAAACUCCGGUACUGUCUUGAGCGCAAAUGUGACACGGCGCUACUUUCGACGUAUGAAAGCGAGCGUCGUCCGAUUGCACAGGCUCUGAUCAACUUUGAUAGAGAGUAUCUCGAGUUCUUCGCCAGAACUGACACAACCCAUGAUGAGUUCUUGAAAGCAUAUGUUGCGGCUCAGAAGUUUACAACCGGAAUCGGGAUCCAAUAUCCUACCUCGCUGGUUGUGCAGACGAUGGAGACACAGGCGCAGUCACAUUUUCUGGCUACGAAAUUGGCUCAUGGAAUGCGUCUCCCGGAUUUCCAAAUGGUGAAUCAGUCAGAUGGCGUCCCAAUUCGUGCUUACCACCGAUUAAGCUCUGACGGCCGCUUCCGCAUUCUUGUGUUUCCCGGCGAUAUUGCUGAGGGCGCUGCUACGGACCGAUUCAGUCGUUUGGGAGACAGGCUUGCCAAAGGCUUGACUCGAAAUCCUGGAGUGGAGAUAAUCACAGUUCACAGUUCGAGACGUGCAGAUGUUGAGUUGAUGGAUUUGCACCCCGUUUUCAGGCCCUGGGAUGAUGAGAAUGGGUGGAACUAUUGGACUGUGUACGCUGACGACGACAGUUAUCACGAUGGUCAUGGGCAUGUAUAUGAAAGGUGCGGAAUUGAUAGAAAUACCGGUUGUAUAGUGUUAUUGCGACCUGAUGGAUAUGUCAGUCUCAUCUGCGGCUUGGAAGAUACUGGUGCUAUAGAAGGAUUCUUCGAUAGGCUAAAGGUGAAGGAGGUAGUCGUGGACAUUGGGAAAAAGGAAGUCAACGGUGAUAUAAGAGGCGAUGUUCUUACUCUUGGAUCUCUAAUUCAGGUUUAG